AUGUGUUGAGACGCAAGUCCAGCACAACCCUGACUGACCCGGCCUACCCUCUCCAAGCGUUUCGGGGAAGACGCAGCUACCGCGGCCUAUUGGCAUGGCUACCAGGCGGCCACAUAGGAAGUCGAGGCUAGGUUGCAAGCGAUGUAAAGUACGGCGAAUGAAAUGUGACGAAACUCAUCCGAUAUGUAUGAACUGCAGCAAACAUGAUCUUGAAUGCGACUUCAGUCCGUCGAAGGACAGAUCACCUGCUUUACCAUUACCUCCGGUAAAACUCCCGCCAGUGAAAAUCCCUCCAUUGAGGAGGUCUCGCGAGAGCUCUCUGGCUUUUUCUGAAAGCUCCGGCCUCAGUGGGAGUGCAAGUCCAGCCGAUUCAGAUUCCUCUGCAAUAUCCACCUCCAUUGUAGUGAGGAACAAGGAUAGCAAACCAUCACUAGCCUAUCCGCCGACUAUGGAUGACUUUACGUUAUUGCAAAUGUUACAAAAUAAUCAGUCUAUCCCAAUGCAUAUGGGCACACCCUCAGACCGACUUUUGGACCUGAGGCUCAUGCAUCACUUCAUGAGCAUGAGCCCUCGAACCUACUUCAAACUCCUCGGACCGGCAUCGGUUGAUGAGCUGACAGCUACGAGAACUAUCUAUGUAAAUUGGAUCAUGCGACUGGCUUUUACAAACCAAGAUUUAAUGGACGCCUUACUUGGAUUCUCGGCAUUCAACUUACGACGUCUAGACUCGACUGACCGGACUCUUGCUCAAGCAUCCCACGUCUACUUGACUAGGGCAAUCUCAGCACAUGCUGCAGAGCUGAGUAAGGGGAUUAGCAGCAAUAACGGGGAAGUCCUCUUUGCUACAGCAUGCCUCAUCGCUUUCACUUCCAUCAGCAGCCAGCAAUACAUCUCCGCAAGCCCAAACGGACUCCCGCUUCACUGGUUCCAACCAUGGAAUGGCCCGCGCGCCGUAGCAGCUGCUGCAUGGUAUCACUUCCAGGAUCCAGAACUCAAGACCCUUCUAGAACAUGAGCGCAUCAACCAAGUCCCACCAAUUCUCGACGAAGACUCACCACCAAUCUUCAACUUCCUUCUCGAAGAUCUCGACAGAGAAGCCACUGACGAGGAGACUGUACAAGCUUACGAACUGAGUGUCGUCUGGCUGACCAAGAUGUACUACAACCCUCAUAGCGAAUACGUCUUCAAAUUCACGACCAAAGUGCAGCCAAAGUUCGUCAAGAUGCUGGAGCAAAAAGAUCCUCGGACGUUGACCAUCGUGGGCUAUUUUUUCAUGCUGUUGAGGGUCAUGGACAAAGUCUGGUGGCUUCCGGUUAUGACGAGAGACCAGUUUUGGGCUCUCGUGGGCAUGCUGCCUGAGAAGUGGAAGCCGAGGAUGGAGUGGGCCGCGAAGGAGUUUGAGAAAUGUGAGAAUGCCGAUGCUGGCUUGGGCGAGAUGCCAGUAUAUGGCAUAGAACGGCUUCAGAAUACCUAGCUGCAAUGAAUGGCGAAUAAGAUCUAUCUCUACUCAAUUUUGAGCUUCAUGAAACUAUGCGAGUCUUUUUCUGGACGUAUCGUCUGGAUCUUGAUUUUACUAACCUGUCCAAUGUCCUGUUUGCUAGACUGUCUACUCGAAUAGGCCCAUCUAAGAAGAGGGGCACCGGGGUUGGCAUUGUAUCAAGGAAGGAAAUAAGAGAUCAGGAAUGUCCACCUCAAACAUUCAAUUACUUCCCCAUCUUACCUAGUGCCGUGACCCAUUCCCGCCGC